AACUACUUAGAGAGCACAUGUGGCGUUUUUGUUUUAAUUCAUCUGAAAAGUUUUUAUAAAAUGAAAAUGAAAAUUAGCGCAUUGCGAUCUCAUCUAAUGGACAAACUGAAUUUGGAGGCAGCUCGUUUAGGUCAAAACACGUGAUCACGUUUUUCUAGAAUUCUGCAAAACGCCUCUAAAGUAAUUUCCAAACCCAUCAUUUGGUGCUGAGAUAAUAAUCGGUUCCCGUUUCCUCUGUGUGUGUCACAGGAAUGUCAAAGCACGAUCACAAGGAGAGAGAAAAAAAAAGACUGGAACAUCUGCAUAAGCAUUUUAACAAGUUGCCUAUUACAUUUUUUUGCUUAAUUAAUUUGAAGUAAAGUGUUCUUUGUUGUAAGUUUUAACAGACUAUACCUGAGAAAUAGCAGUGAGCACUCAUGAGCAGGUUUGCACAAUCGCACAACUGAUUGGAUUUUUUUUUUCAAGAUCGUGGCAGAAGUCAUCUUCACAGGAGCAUUUUUUCAUUCUUUUUUCCCCUUUCUGUACCAUACCUGUCCUGUACGCGAUUUUUUUUUGUCUUGCUUUGCCUCCACAUGCUGUGCAGUGCUUUUUUGAUUCUUAGCGGCAGAGAUUGCUGCCUGUGUUUCAAGGCUUUGCUGCAGAGAUAGUUGUUGGUGAGCUGGGGAACGUCACUUGUUUUAUUGCCCUCACAGAAGAGAGACCAUAAACGCAUUCUUACCACCGACACCCUCCCCCAGUUCACUGCAAAAGCAUGGAAAUCGGAAAGUCGUUGAUAUGGCUGAGAUAAACAGCAGUGUAUGUUGUGUUAUAAUUGUGAAUAAAACUGGCUAUAGGACACACACAUGCGCACACACAAUCACUCACACGAGAACUUAGUAUGACAGUUCAUUGCUUUGCAUUAGUAAACAGCUUUAAUAUCCGUGUUAAUUUUUCUAAUGGUCACUAAUGAAUAGGCAUUUUGUAUAAUAUUUCACGUGUUUUUAAUCAGAUUUCUCCUUCUCCUUCCUUCCUCAAUGUGGUGUCUGUCCUGAAUGACAUUGGCCACGCUUUCCAUCUUGCUUUCUGGUUAAACGCCACAUGCUCAUAAACUUCAAGCCAAAAACUUCUCACUCAGCCAAGCUGUAUAGUGUGCCACUCCAAGUCUAAGUUGUGUUUAUCGACAUUUAGCAGUAAUGUUCAAGCUCUGAGCUAAAAGCUACAGUUUCUCCUCAACUCCUGCCUCUCAAUUGGUGGAGAAUGGUCAGCUGACAUUGUCAUAUUGUCUCUCACCGAGCCAAGCCUCGGCUAUAACACUCGGGUUUGUGCGUCUUAACCGGAGAUUGGAAAUUAAUAAUAUUGAAUCCUCAAAGUAGCUCACGUCCAGUUACAGAGGCAGAAAGUCGAGGAAAAAAAGAAGACCUUGGAGAAAGGUGUGGUUGGUUGACACAGAGGGGAAGGAGAUUUACUGAGAAGGAGAUUGAAAAGAGACCGAUAAAGAAGUGGGGAGAGUUGGAGAGAGGGUUACAAGCAAGGUAUGAAUUCUUAUUUCGCAAACCCGUCGCUCUCCUGCCAUUUAUCCGGUGGUCAAGACGUUUUGCCUAACGUACCCCUAAACUCCACCACCUAUGACACAGUUAGACAUUUUUCGUCGUACGGUGCCGCUGUGACCCAGAAUCGGAUAUAUGCACCUUUCUACUCUCCUCAAGAUAAUGUGGUGUUUGGGUCUGGCAGGGCACAGUAUGAGUAUGGAUCAAACGUGUUUCUUCAAGACAAGGACGUGCUUCCCAGCUGCAGACAAACAAAUAUGGGACUCAAUACACAAAGCCACAUUGCUCAAGAGUACAGUCUGGAUCAAGGAAGAGCAGCAGCUCAGGAGCAGAAAAGUAACAUCCCGAUCUACCCGUGGAUGCAGCGAAUGAACUCACACAGCGCAGGAGUCGGCUACGGGACAGACAGACGCAGAGGACGACAAAUAUACUCUCGUUACCAAACGCUUGAGCUGGAGAAGGAAUUUCAUUUCAAUCGCUACCUGACCAGGCGCAGACGCAUCGAGAUCGCGAAUGCGCUUUGUUUAACAGAGCGGCAGAUCAAAAUCUGGUUUCAGAACCGACGCAUGAAAUGGAAGAAAGAGAGCAACCUGACCUCCACGGUGACAGGAACUGAACAGACAGGAGCGUCUCAAGAGCAGGAACGCAAUGGCGCGAUGGAAGAAGGGAAGGAUGAAGACAAGAAGAAAGAAUAGCUAAUAAUAAUAAUAAAAAAUAUAAAAAUCACACGAUGACCAUUACAAACCAACAUAACUACCUAAAAAUCUACAUGGACUCGAGAGCGACUUCACCGCAUGAUUGCUACCACGCAGCUCUUACCAAUUUUAUUUCGUGUUGAACCACAGGAGUGUUGAUCCUUAGAAAUCCAAAAUUAUUUCAGCCACAGUUUGGCCGCUGUGUUGUGUGGAGAACUGAGGGUUUUUUUGUUUUUGUUUUGUUUUUUAUUGCAAAUGUCACACUUGUAUUGUGGAAAUAAAAAGAAGUAUUAAUUUCUACCUAUCUUCCUAUGCCAGGAAAUCUGUAUAUUUACCUGUCCCCCCUCACACACACCCCAUCCAUCACUGUGAAACUCUUUGAUCACCUCACUAUAAUACAGUGUUGAUCUGACUAAACUCAUUACUGUACAUGCGCAUUCCAUGGAGGCAAAAGAGCGGGCGGACACUUGAUCACAAUGUAAUCUAUUACUUGAAUUGUCCGCAGGAAAAUGGGCCCUGCAUCAAGCUAAAAGUUGCACGGAUAGUCUCCAGUCCGAACACACACAGACACACACACACGCGCGCGAACACACACAAACAAACAAAACUCAUAAUGUCUGUACAUGAUAAAAGUAACGGUAUAUAAUGUAAAUCCCGUGGAAACGUAAUGUGCAUUUAGCCGCUUUGGUAGACGCUGCAUAACAUAAGAUUGCGCUUUAGUCCCCCUUUUUUGAUCAUUUGACACAACAUGCUUUCUUGUGAGAUAGAUUUGUACACCAGUAAUUCUUCACCUUUGUUUGAGAGUCAAACAUUAAUGUUUUGUCAUAACUGUGUAUCACGGAAUAAAAUAUUUGUAAAACUUUCACCUUCGUCUUGUCUGUUUCAUGAGUCAGGUGAAGACAGGUCCCUUAAAUACGUACUAAAAAUACACAGAGAUUUCCUAA